AUGCGUCACAAAAGAGCAUAUAUCAAGUUAACGAAACGAACUUUUUGCAGCCCCGGUGUGCCAAAUUUGCAACAGUUAACCGAUCGGCGGGGAUUCCACCAACCCAUUUUGAACCUCGAAGAUGAGGCAUACACCCGUCUUCUAAGAAUAUGUCUGCAGAACUGCAAACAAAUUCAAUCCCGCAGGCUGUUCGACGAAUUGCCACAAAGACUCGAACACGCCUCCAGAGCCGUUAAACUCAUCCAUGCCCAAAGUUUGAUACUUGGUUUUGAUUCACAAGGGAAACUUGGCAAUGCCAUUGUCGAUUUGCAUUCAAAAUGCGGCAACAUGGCCUUUGCUCAGAAAGCUUUCGAGAGGUUGGAACGAAAAGAUACAUUGUCUUGGAACCCAAUUUUAUCAAUGUACUCGAGGCGCGGAAUGUUAGAAAAAGUCGGACAACUAUUUUGCUACAUGCAGGUUUCCGGGGUGUAUCCAAAUCAGUUCACUUAUGCAAUUGUUUUAUCGGUUUGUGCUAGAUUGACGGACAUCGUGUUGGGAAAAACAGUACACGCACACGUUAUCAAAACAGGGUUCAUGUGUGACUCCUUUUGUGAAGGAUCACUUAUCGACAUGUAUUCAAAAUGUGGCCUUGUUCAUGAUGCAUGUGAGAUAUUUGAUGGGUCUGUAUGCCCUGACACCGUUUCUUGGACAGCGAUGAUUGCUGGUUAUGUUCAAGUUGGUUUUCCCGAAAAGGCACUAAGAUUAUUCCACGAUAUGUUGAAACUGGGCCAUAUACCAGACCAAGUAGCAUUCGUAACUGUCAUAAGCACAUGUGUUGAAUCAGGACAUCUUGAUGAUGCACGCCAUCUGUUCGACAAAAUGCCCAAUCCAAAUGAUGUAGCAUGGAAUGUCAUGAUUUCAGGGCAUGCCCGUGAAGGGUAUUACGAUUUAGCUAUUGAUUAUUUUCAAAGCAUGACUAGAUUUGAUCUGAAACCCACAAGGUCCACUCUAGGAAGUGUUUUGAGUGCUAUUGCAAAUACAUUUGAUCUUGACUGUGGUUCACAAGUUCAUGCUCAAGCAACCAAACGAGGGUUAUCUUCCAGUGUUUAUGUGGGAAGUGCCUUAAUCAAUAUGUAUGCAAAAUGUCAAGAAAUGGGUCCCGCUAGGAGUGUCUUUGAUUCAUUAGAUGAGAAAAAUAUUGUUUUAUGGAACACAAUGCUUGGAGGUUAUGCCCAAAAUAAAGAUUCUGAUCAAGUGAUUAGUCUAUUCAUAAACAUGAGACAUUCUGGUUUCCAACCCGAUGAAUUCACUUACACCAGCGUUCUAAGUGCAUCUUCUUCUCUAAAAAAUCCUGAAAUAGGGAAACAAUUUCAUUCACUUGUCAUCAAGAACAAGUUGCAUAUGAACUUAUUUGUGGGAAAUGCAUUAGUAGACAUGUAUGCAAAGUCUAGCUCUUUACACGAUGCUAUAAAACAGUUUAACAUGAUCAAGAACCGAGAUAAUGUUUCUUGGAAUGCAAUUAUCGUUGGAUUCGUUCAGGAAGAAGAAGAAGAGUUGGCUUUCAGCAUGUUUCAGAGAAUGCGAAAUGACGGGUUUGCCCCUGAUGAAUACUGCUUUGCGAGCAUACUCAGUGCUUGUGCAAAUAUUCAAUCUUUAAACAAAGGCAAACAAUUGCAUUCCCUAUCAGUCAAAUAUAAUAUGGAAACCAGUCUUUAUGCUGGAAGCUCUCUUCUUGAUAUGUAUUCCAAGUGUGGGGUUGUUUCCGAUGCUCAAAAAGUUUUCGAUUCCAUUCCGGUGAAAAGUGUAGCUUCUAUAAAUGCUUUAAUUUCUGGAUAUGCUCACAAUAACAUCGAGGUAUCUGUAAACCUUCUUAGGAACAUGCAGUUUCAAGGAUUGAAUCCAUCAGAAGUUACAUUAGCAAGCAUAUUAGACGGAUGCAACGAGCCUUCCAAAUUAAAUCUCGGUAGACAAAUUCACAAUUUAGCGAUAAAAUACGGUUUUGAAAAUGAAUUCUUUUCGGUAUCUCUUCUCGGAAUGUAUUUCAAAUCCCGGGCAGAAUCAGAUUCCAUGGUUGUCUUCUCGGAAUUAUCAAUUCCGAAGAGCACGGUUUUAUGGACCGUUGCAAUAUCCGGAUUCGCCCAAAACGAUUCCGGUGACGAGGCGCUCGCGAUAUACCAACAAAUGCGAAGACACAAUUCAAUGCCGGAUCAAGCGACAUUUGUCAGUGUCCUAAAAGCAUGUGCCACGUCAGCGUCUCUACCCGAUGGACGCGGGGUCCACUCGCUUGUUUUCCACACGGGUUUUGACUCGGAUGAGUUGACCGGGAGUGGAUUAGUCGACAUGUAUGCUAAAUGCGGAGAUAUCACAAGCUCUUCACAGGUUUUCAAAGAAAUGGUCACGAAAAAAGAUGUCAUCACAUGGAACUCGAUGAUUGGUGGGUAUGCGAAAAACGGGUAUGCGGAAAACGCGUUGGAGGUGUUUGACCAAAUGCGAAAGUCAACCGUAAAGCCCGAUGAUGUCACGUUUCUUGAAGUGCUCAUGGCGUGUAGUCACGCGGGAAAGGUGUCAGAAGGGCGUGAAGUAUUUGAUACAAUGACAAGUUUUUAUAAGAUUAAGCCACGUAUGGAUCAUGUUUCUUGUUUGAUUGAUCUUUAUGGGAGAUGGGGUUAUUUGAAAGAAGCUGAGGAGAUAAUCGAUGAACUUGAGUUUAAACCGAAUGCGGUUGUUUGGGCUACGUUUCUUGGUGCGUGUAGGAUUCAUGGGGAUAAAAGAAGGGGGAAAAGGGCGAGUGAGGAGUUGUUGAAUUUGGAGCCUGAAAGUUCGGCUUCUUAUGUGUUGCUUUCGAAUAUAUAUGCCGCUUCUGGGAAUUGGGAGGAGGUGAAUUUAGUGAGGAGGGAGAUGAAAGAGAAGGGGGUUAAGAAGCAUCCUGGAUGUAGUUGGAUUAAAUUGGGAGGGGAGACUCAUUUAUUUGUUUCGGGAGAUGAGUUGCAUUCUAGUUCAGGGGAAAUAUAUGGGGUUUUGAAGGAAUUGAAAGGAGUGAUGAAGGAUGAAUCUGGUGUUCUUGAUGCUAUGGCAGAUUAA